UAGGAUUCCACCGGAGCGCCGGCCAUACAGCGCCAGCUUGCAUACGUAAUAACCGAGAAAGACGAUUACCGUACCUCUAGGGCGUUCUGUCAUGGUUCCUCAGGCUCGUCAAGAUGGACCCGACUUUUGAUCCUACCAAGGAGACUCUGAACCUGCUGGUCAGCUCUGGUAUCGCAAAAGCUCGAUUACCUUGGCCAGACCUGCUUCUCAAAUCGCUUCUUGCUGGGGCGUUUUUGUCCAUCGGUGCUCUCUUUAGCCUAAUCGUCGCCGGCGGCACUCCUACUUUGCGUGCUGAGAAUCCUGGACUUGCCACGAUGCUGGCCAGCUUUACCUUUCCAACCGGCUUUGUCAUUCUUACCAUCGUCAACACAGAGCUAUUCACAGCCAACGUGUUUGUAUUGAUAUUGACCACGUUUAUGCGGAAGACGACGUGGCUUGACCUUCUACGCAACUUAGUCUUGUCCUAUAUCUUCAACAUGGGCGGUUGUCUCUUCGUGGCCGGCUUUCUUUGCUGGUGGACCGAUACCCUGUCCACAGAUACACUGAAGAGCUUUGCAGUCACGCAAGCCGAGGGACGGGUCAACGUGCAGUGGUCCGUGAACUUUCUCAGAGGGGUUGGCUGCAACUGGCUCGUGGGCCUGGCGAUCUUCCUUUCGAUCUCAUGUCGCGAUAAGGUAUCGAAGAUUUACGCCAUCUGGAUUCCCAUAUGGACCUUCGUGGCAAUUGGCUAUCAGCAUUGCAUUGCCAACUUCUUCCUCGUGCCGAUCGGCAUGUUCUACGGCACGAACUUUGGCGUCGGCAAGUUCAUUUACCAGAGCGUCAUCCCGGUUACUCUUGGCGAUAUUGUUGGGGGUGCUGUUCUCGAUGGGUUAUUUAUCUGGUUUUUGUAUGGGCAUAGGAUUAUGAAGAAAAGGCCGAGUGUGGAGACGGAUACGAGGGAUCAGCUACCGUCUUGAUACUUUGUUCUACUGAGUAGAAUCUUCAGAUGUUAAUGAAUGUGCCAGAAUGAUUACGCUUGGAAUUUGUAUUUUCUUGAUUAGUCUCAUGCCCUACAUCUCACUAGCUGAAUCUCCUCGACAGGCGGGCAGAAAUUCAAUACAUUAUAGCUUGCUGCUCGAAGAAGCUGUCUUCGGC